AUGUCAACAUUUCCUCUGAGCGAUGUAGAUCUCCUGUAUAAACAGACUUUUUUCUCAGAUUUGAAGUCCGGCUGGUGCUCCUCCACUGUAGAGGCCCGACUGCUCCGUGACUGGGAGGCGAGGAAUGUGAAGCGCGGUGGUGAGCUUAUGGGGUUGACAUUCCACACGAUUAUGCAAGCCACCAUCUCUGUUAAUCGUGAUCCAUCUUUCCAGUCGAGACUCACCGCUUUGAUGUGUGUCGAUGUGCCCAGAACUUCCGGUUUACUGACUCCACCCUGA